UUAAGGUAAGUAUAAUAAAGUGCUAAUACCAUGGCGGCGACACUGUUUGGGAGGUUUUUCGUUAUCAAAUCGAAUGCAUUUUCAAAUAAAAAUGUUUAUCAUAUCUCAAAGAUCUUGUCAUGUGCUAACUAUAGCACAGUAAUUCGCACAAAUAAAAUUUAUGAUAGCGCUAAAGAAGCCGUUAGCGACAUCCAGGAUGGUUCCAAACUCUUGGUUGGUGGUUUUGGAUUGUGUGGAAUACCAGAAAAUCUAAUUGUAGCUGUAAACAACAAACGAGUUUCUGGGCUCACUGUGGUCUCCAACAACGCAGGUGUUGAAGACUUUGGUCUUGGGAUUUUACUCAAAAGUAAACAAGUGAAAAGGAUGAUUUCAUCUUAUGUUGGGGAAAAUGCAGAAUUUGAAAGACAAUUUCUGACUGGAGAACUGGAGGUUGAACUCACACCACAAGGCACGUUAGCAGAACGGAUCCGUGCUGGUGGUGCAGGAAUUCCAGCAUUCUUCACACCUACUGGUUACGGCACUCUCAUACAUGAAGGUGGCUCACCAAUUAAAUAUACUAAAGAUGGCAAGAUUGCAAUCCCAAGUGCGGCUAGACAAGUGCAAAGCUUCAAUGGAAAAGAUUACAUAAUGGAAGAAGCAAUUACUGGCGAUUAUGCAUUGGUCAAAGCAUGGAAGGCUGAUAGACAUGGCAAUUUAAUAUUCAGAAAAACUGCCAGGAACUUCAAUCCGGCAAUGUGCAAAGCUGCUAAGAUUACCAUAGCUGAGGUAGAAGAAAUUGUGGAUGAAAUAGAUCCUGACUUUGUUCAUAUGCCAUCAAUAUUUGUACACAGAAUUGUCAAAGGUGAAAAGUUUGAGAAGCGAAUUGAAAGAAGGACAAUUAGGAAGCCUGUGGAAGAGGGAAAGAAAUCAGAUUCCACGAGGGAGAGGAUCAUAAGAAGAGCUGCUUUGGAAUUUAAGGAUGGCAUGCAUGCAAAUCUUGGCAUUGGUAUGCCCAUGUUAGCAAGUAAUUACAUUCCGAAAAAUAUUAAGGUUCUUCUGCAAUCCGAAAAUGGGGUUCUUGGCCUUGGGCCAUUCCCUACAGAAGCAGAAGUGGAUGCUGACUUGAUUAAUGCAGGCAAAGAAACUGUUACAGUUCUACCUGGAUCAUCAUACUUUUCGUCAGAUGACAGUUUCGCUAUGAUUCGUGGUGGUCACAUCGACUUGACCAUUCUAGGUGCAAUGCAAGUUUCCAGAUAUGGUGAUUUAGCCAACUGGAUGAUUCCUGGUAAAAUGGUUAAAGGCAUGGGUGGUGCUAUGGAUUUAGUAUCUGCUCCAAGAACCAAGGUUGUGGUAACCAUGGAGCAUACUGCAAAAAAUGGAUCCCAUAAAAUUCUGCCAGAGUGCACACUGCCAUUGACUGGGAAAAAUUGUGUUGACAUGAUUAUUACAGAAAAGUGUGUAUUUGAAGUCGACAAAGAAAAAGGUUUAACAUUAACUGAGCUGGCUGAUGGAGUAACUGUAGAAGACAUUUUAGUAAGUACAGGCUGCGAGAUUAAUGUUGCUGAAAAAGUUAAGAAAAUGGGUGAUGUAACUAAACCAGAUUCUGAUUAACUUAGUAUGUAUCAUUACAUACUUAAUUGAAAUUUGAGUGUCUUAAACUGUACUUACCUAUUAUUAAGGAAACUUGCCAAUGUAGCUGCAUUCUCAAAUUAUCUUUAAAGUUAUUAUCAUAUAAGACCCAACAUUAUAUAUAAACUAAGAUAAGAAUGCACAAUGAUAUAAUCAUUAAAAUAUACAUAUAUUUUUGUAUUACACUUACAAUAAAUAUUUUUUAAGGGAGAGCCAGGAGCCAUAGUGUAUUAAUAAAUAUUUAUUUUGCAUUGUUAUAAGUAAAUGUUUAUGAAUACCAAAAUUUUCACAGCAGUUAAAUUUUGCUUUAAUUUUAGACCGAGUCUAUUUUUGAAUCAAUUCAAUUUUUAUUUCUUUAUAUAUAUAUUUUUUAAUGUAAUCUAUUGUUAAAUGCUCUAGUCUCAAAUUAUGUCCUGUUUACUAAAAGCUUUGAGCUACUUUUAUUGUUAUGAUUAUUGAACUGAUGCAAUUUAUAUCAGCUAAUUUAAAAUAAUGUUAUUUACGAUAUUUUGUUUGUUAUGAUUAUGAAGUUAACGUUAUUAAAUAUACUUAUGUAUUUUAUGCUAAUGUAAUGACGUUAA